AUGUCUGCUGCAAAGUGUGUGGUGUCUCUGAUGGUGGUGCUGGUGGCUGCAGUGUGUGUGGCUCAUGCACAGGAGAGGAUUAAGAUGUGUGGGAGAGACCUGAUACGUCUGGCUGUCUCGUCUUGUGGUAGCUCUCGGCUGAGGAGAAGCAUCCCGGACGUGGACCUGGGACAGCAUCAAUACACCUCUCACUGGGACCAGGACGCCUCCGUAGAGGACCAUCAGGCUACUGAGACAGUCAACAUUCCUCUAGAGUCUGACGGGGAGAUGGAUGUCUUCUCCUUGGCACCUCACUGGUAUCCCCUGUCCUCUCGGAUUAGACGAGCUGCUGGAAAAAUAUCUGAUAUUUGCUGUGAGAAAGGAUGCAGCAUGAAAGAACUUAUCCAAUUUUGCUAG